AUGAUGGACGAAGAAUUCGCUAACGAGAUGCCGCCUCGCCGCCCUUAUGAUCAUAAGAUACCGCUCAACGAAGGGAAAGAGCCCCCUUUUGGGUCACUUUAUGGUAUGUCCCGCGAGGAACUCAUUGUGCUGAAACAAUACAUACAGGACAACCUUCAAAAGGGGUUCAUUCAGGCCAGCUCUUCACCUGCCGGUGCCCCUGUCCUAUUUGUUAAAAAGGCCGAUGGAACACUCCGCCUCUGUGUCGACUAUCGUGGCCUCAACGAACUUACUAUCAAGAACCGCUACCCGCUGCCACUCAUCCGGGAAACUCUCGACCGCCUUUCCAAAGCCAAGUGGUACACCAAACUUGACCUUCGCUAA